GCAAAGUGGGUCAAGAAAUGGAAGGCGGAAAGACAAAGGGAGCCGGAGGCAGAAGAGGCGGUGAGAGAAAGAAAGCAGUAACGAAGUCUAUUAAGGCGGGUCUGCAAUUUCCGGUGGGUCGUGUUGCUCGUUUCUUGAAGAAAGGUCGUUACGCUCAGCGACUUGGAACUGGUGCUCCUAUCUAUCUCGCAGCAGUUCUUGAGUAUCUCGCCGCUGAGGUUCUGGAAUUGGCUGGGAAUGCAGCGAGAGAUAACAAGAAGUCCAGAAUCAUACCAAGGCAUGUGCAGUUGGCAGUGAGGAACGAUGAUGAGUUGGGAAGAUUGUUCGAUGGUGUCACCAUUGCUAGCGGUGGUGUUCUCCCUAACAUCCACGCUGUUUUGUUGCCUAAGAAGACGGAGAAGAGCGACAAUGCUUCUCAAUCCAAAUCUCCAAAUAAAGCUGUUGCUUGAAAGGAUUUACAAAGCUUUCACUAACAUCGUAGAUAUUAGGCUGUGUAAUCUUCCAGAAAUGUCUUCCUUUUGUUAAAUGGAAUGGAAAUUUUGACUUAUCUUUUGCC